AUGGAUUUGGACAGCACCAAGAGAGAUAUCUAUCCGUUCGCUAUCACAAAUUAUAUCCAGCAAGUAUACUUUACGAGAAACCAGGGUGCCAUCUAUGGGAAACCAGACGAGAAUGAUGCAGAAGCCUGGAAGCUGAUGAUUGCUUUGUUCCGCAUGUGCCAAGAUGGUUUGAAAUACAUCUCCAAAGAAGAUGGCCUUACACCUGACGAGCGCCUGCAGUUAAGCGGUUUUCACCACUGGGAAUCCUAUUUCAAGAAGGUUGCUGUUGCCAUGAAUGAAGUGGAUAACAUUCUGAAGGUCUCAUGGUCACCUCAAUGCCGUCAUCUUUUCCGUUACGAAUUCAACCUCCACGCUGUUCCAGCAACCAUGUCAAAAGCCCACACGAUACCGCAAAAAUGCGAAGGAUUGGGAAGACGUUUUCGAAAGAGCAUUGUCACGACGAAACAAAUUACGCAAAGAAACCCGCCUUAG